CGGACAAUGUGACGUUACGUUGGCCGGUGAUGUGAACGAAAUCUAUGGCGGAAAAUUAAAGUCUCCACGCUUGGAGUCGAAGUACUCGUCGCGGCAAAUGAAUCUGCCCUAGGCAGCGGCGGAAAAGUGGGCGAAUCAUAAUGCCGGCUUCGUGCUGCGCGGCCGGUUGCUUCAACAGCGUGCUCCGUGGCAAGCGGCUGUUCCGCAUCCCCUUGAGCGAGAAAGACACCGCCCGGCGCCAAGUGUGGCUGGCGAUUAUCAACCGAGAUGGAUUCGUGCCGACGGCGGGCUCACGGCUGUGCGAGGAUCAUUUCGAACCGGACCAGUUUGAGCAGCACAGAGCAGACGGGCGCAAGCUGCUCAAAUGCAAUGCCGUACCGACCAUCCCCGGUUCAGGAACAUUGGCAGGUCAGAAGAAUCGGAAGAAAAGAAGACGUCGGAACAGGCAGGCACCAAGUGCAACCAACAAGGGGUGCUCCCUAUCGGGCUCUGUGGAUGAGGACGAUGAUGAAGACGAGGAGGAAGCGGAACGCCUCUCUGAAUCCGAGGCAGCAGAGGCUGUCGACGCAGCGAAACCAGCCGAGAGAAGCAGCUCCUCCUUUCAGGCCGAUGCGCUGACAUGCAAGGCCCUGCAGAUUCGUUUUGCAGCUGGCCAGCGAGGCUACGCAGUCGUGCGCGAGAUGUGCCUGGGAUUUCCUACCGAACUGCAGCUGCGGCACUGCGUUGAGGCACUGCCUUUUGGACCCGGGGUGUUAGACGGUCUGCUGCCUGCGCUAGAGCACAAAAUAUCCACCAUGCGACCAGAGGACAGGCACGUCACCCUCUCACUGGACAGGGUGGCAGUUCCACCAGGUGCUGACCCGACCCUGGGUGGGACGGGCGGUCAGUCGUCUGAGAAUGCACUCGUUUUCACCGUGGCAGGGCUGGCUUCAUGCUGGAAGCAGACUUUGGGAUAUCACCUGCUUCCCGAGUCGGCCUCCUUCACCUCCACAGCGCUUUGCAGUGCGUUGAAAGACACCCUCUUCCAAGUGAUCGAAAAGUGUGAAACCCUCGGCCUGACUGUCGAUGCCCUCGUGACGGACCUGAGCGCCUGCAGCCUCUCCCUGUGGAAGCUGUGUGGUGUCUCCACCCGCCCCCUGAGACAACCCGCAUUCUCGACGCGUCACCCGUGCGCCACGGAGCAGUCCGACGACCGGCGACUGAUGGUCCUCGCCGACGUAACGUAUGUCACGAAGAGCAUCGUAGAUGCUUUCAUUGAGAAUGAGACCUUGCUUCUUCCUAGGGAUGUGGUUGAGAAGCACGGUCUUCCCACAGAUAGAGUGUGUUUCGGCCACAUUAGGUCACUCCUCACGAAAAACAAUUCCGACAAUUUAGGAUUUGUGCGUGCCGUUGAAUUAGAUUGCCUAAGCCCCGAGUACACGCGAAAAGACUCGAGCGUAUCUGAUGCGGUCUUGAACCGGGGCACAGUGACGGGGUUGCGUUGCCUGCGUGCGGUCGAGCUUCUUCCGAAGGAAGCGGAGACGACUGCUUGGUUCGUCGAGCAGAUCGGCCGCUGGCGCUCUGCGAUGGCGUCUGUGGCACCGGACACGAAACGUGAACAGCGCAAGGAUGUGACAGCGUUCCUCCGCGAAUUCAAGGACACGUUCACACGCAUAUCGCUUGCUUCCCAUAUGCAGGAGGAGGGAGAAUUGAGGAUGGCUAAAGUCGGAUUGGGCGUUUCGACAGCAGCGGCAUUAAGCUUGCACGAGAUUUUGUUGGUUGAGAGGAAGUUUAACUGCGUGCUCCUUGGCAGAGGAACAUCUGCCCCACUGCUGAAACUACUCGAGACCAUUUGUCCAACUGUUGGUGGGCUCAGCCACGUGGACUUUCGGUCGUCGCUGCACACGGUUUGUCUCGCGCAGCUCUUCCUACUCGUCCGAAAUGGAGGAACUGCGUCGGAUGAGAUUGCCGACGUGGUGGAAUUCUCAAGUGUGAAACUGGGCGAGAAGAGCAAGGAAAGCCAUAUUGUUAUGGACAGUGGGGAGGACCCAGAAAGUGCUGAUGAAAGCUGACGCGUUUUGGUGGUGCAACUUAACCGCCUUGUUGUACAGAUAGACCUCGUUAUCUGAUGGUGACAAAGCUGACGGGAUCGCCAAAGUUACUUCAUUAUGUCAAUUAUUUUGUUACACCCAUUAUUGCCUCUUACUGCAAUAUGUGCCAAUAAGGUGUCGAACUUUAAUUGCGCAAAGAAGACGACACUGUUGCGGUCGGCGUUAGUGGUAUGGAUCUACGUAGUGCAGCACUGAUAUUUUAUGAAUGCAACAACAAAAAAAGGGGAACUAUGCCAGUAGCAUCGCUUGACUUCGCGCAUGGCAUGAGAGCCUUUAUGAUAGCUGCGUUCUGUUCCAGUACAAUGUUCUUUUUCUUCUUGUUUGGCUCGUCCACAUUGCCGUGAUACCGUUGAAAUGCCAACGCUGUCGACCCCAGGCAAAAGUGAAGAAAAUGUCUUGUGUCAACGGGCAACAAGCGGUGCACAACCCAGCGUGCCGCUGGUCUAGGCUGCUGCAGUCGAAUAUUGAUACAACGAAUCUCUACAGAGGCCGCCAAAAAUUCUCAUUGAUUUAAAAAGUCUUUAUAGUGCAUAAAUUGAAAAUUUGCCCUGAAAAUCAUAAAUGCAACAAAUGGAGAUGCCUACCUUUGCUGGGUACACCUCUGCAAAUGUGUUAUUCUCUGGCACGUGCAAAAAAAAGAAAAAACAAGGAAGUAGUAUUCUGCAAUGACUGCAUAUUUAUUUAAAGAAGUCCGUGAUCUUUGCCUGGUGGGUGCAGCCGAACUGCUGCAAUAUGAACUUUUUGAAGUUGUUCGCAUUCUUGUGCACUGCUGUGGUGUCACUGCUACGCCUGCCAAUGAAGUGCACAUCUUUCUUAUGCACUCCAAAAUAUCGGUGUUAGAUACCUAUUCCUUGCGUUGGUUUGCGCAUGCUGUUUCAGCAUCGACCUUGUUCUCAGUGUCCUUUAUUUUAUUUAUUUAUUUAUUUAUUUCACAUAACCUCAAGCGCAAAGGUAUUACAGAGUGGUGUGGAGUACGUAACACAAUAACAAGGAUUACUAUAAAGUUAUAUACCGUAUAAACCGGAAUACUAUAAGUCGAGAUAUUUUCUUUAAAGGGCCCCUAAACCACCUCAGAUUUUUUCAAACAUUUCAAGUAAACACAUGCAUCGUGUGCAGAAUGCCGUCACGAUCAACGAUACCACACGUGGCAGCGCUACAAGCCG